AUGCUUUUAGCCAUUGAUUUAUCAAUUUGCUAGGCCAUUUACUAUUUACCACCAGUAUACCCACUUGCAAUACAACCUAUAGAAAAUUAUUUUAAUAAAGAUUUUUAAAUUGCCGGUUUUGGAGUUUGGAGUAGAUAUGUGCCACUUAGUUCUAUUGUUUAGAUUGGAGAAAUUGGAAUAUUAGAUAGUAGUUGUUUUCAUUUGUUUAGGAUAGAAAAUAGGACAACUAAGGAUUUGCAUUUUAUAUAUUAUGAAUGCUUAAAUUUUGAAAGUAAGACAAUUUUGAAAUAUUUUUAAUUUAUUGGUCUAGAUGGUAUUAAUUUAACAGAAGAAAUACCAAUAAGUCAUUCAUUUUAUGAAUAUGUCUGGUAUUUUUAAGGUUUCUAAACUAUACCUUCAAAAACAUUUGUCUCUAUGUAUGUUUAUCAAGAAAUGAAUUAAAUUUUUUAUAAGGAAAUUUAAUUAGAGUUUUAAUUUAAAGAAAAUAAAAAUUAAAUUAUUGGAGGGGAUUUCAAAGUAAAUUAUAAUUUACCAAUUCAUCAAUUAUCAUAUUUUCCAGGAUAAAUUAAAUACAUUUAAGAUGGUUUUUUUAGUGAGCCUCAUUUUUUCUAAUAUACUGUAGAAUCUAUUUAAUUAGAAAUUUGUUUAUGCAUAAACAGUGCAAUAAUUAAUAUACCAGAUGUUAUAAUAAAUAAAUAAGAUUUAUAUGAAUUUAUAUCUCAAAAUACUAAUUGUUAAUAGUUUUUAUUAUCAGGAUGGAUAAAAAUUAAGUCAAUUAAUUAAAUCACAGAAGAAGUUUAUUUUCAAUUAUUUAAACUAUCCAGUAAUUAACGAUCUUAAUUAGCUUAAGCAAAUUUAUGUCCUUUCUAAUUAUUUUAUAAAAUAACAUCUAAUAAAAAUCAAAUAAUCAUAACAACCUAUAGUUAUACAUUCCCAACUUUAAAUAUUGAUUUUUCAAAUAAUCCUUAUUUAAAGACAGAAACCUUUGAUAUAGAUUGGGAUAUUUAAUUAUGGCAUUAUAUUUCAGUCAAAAAGUUAGAUAAUUAAAUUUAAAUCUCAAUAACAUUUUAUUAAGACUCUAAAUAAGAGAUAUUGAGCAUAAACUUAGAUGUAAUUCAGUUUAGUAUAGUUUAAUUUAAAUUGCUUUAUGGUAAUAUUUUAUAAUCUAAACCAAAUUUAUUAACAAUAUAAAUUACAGGUUUAAAACUAAUAAAUUGUCCUAAUAUUAAUGAAUUAUAAAUUACCUGUCAUCCAACUUGUAAAGAAUGUGAUGGUCCAACAAAAGAUGAUUGUUUAUCAUGUUUUGAAUAAUCUGAUAGAAUAUAUAUAUCAGAAUAUAAAGUUUGUAUUUGUAAAUAUGGAACAAUUGAUUAAAAUUAUGAAUGUGUAAGCUAUUAAACUUUAGACUUUAAUUUAAUUUAUGAAUAACCAUAUAAAUAAUCAUGUAAACAUGGUUUUUUUGAAAAUGAUGGUGAAUGUUAUUAAUGGUAUUAAUUUAUUAUUAUUUGAGUCCAUCUAUAAUAAAUAAUAAUGUAGUUACAUGUUUAGAAUGUGUAUUAAAUCCUAAAAAUUGGUUUAAAACUCUUUAUUGUGAAACAACAUUAGUUUCAUAUAAUAAUGGCAACACAUCUAAAUUUUUGAAGGAACCUAAAUUAUUUUAUAUAUUUUUAGGAAAUGAUUUAUCUUACUGCCCUGAUUGUCAAUUAAUAAAUUCCUCACAUCAUCAAAUUGAAUCAAUAUUCUAAUUUAAAAGUUUUUGUAGAGCAACUCAAUCAAUACAAAAUUAAUGCUAUUAAUGCGGAUAUUAAUGUCCUUAAUGCGAAAUUUUAUCAACAAAUUUGCAUUGUAUUAUAAGCAAAAUAAUAAUCUGGAAUUUUCCUUAGGUUUUAAUUUCAUUUUGUGAUGUUCCUAAUUUCAUUAAUUUUUAUAACAAAUGUGUGAUUUGUGAAAUAAAACACUGUUUAUAUUGUUUUAAUUAUUUAGCUAGUGAUCCUAAAUAAACUACUCUUAAUUCUUAAGAUAAUUAUUCUCUAAUUGAUGAAGAGAUUAAAUUAGGAUGUGCUCAAUGUUAUGAAGGGUUUAUAUUUGAAUUUCAAACAGGAAAAUGUAUUUAUUAGUAACCGUCAUAAGAAAAUUGUUUAAGAUCCUAUAUUAACUUGUAAAGUGAAGAAAUUUGUACCUUGUCUGCUAUUGAUGAUUUCAGCAUAGCUUUUGAAAUUAUAAAUUGUCAAAAUCACAUUCUUUGGUGUAAGUAAUGUAUCAAGACCUUUUAAUCAACUAUUAAAUGUUUACUUUGUGAAGAUGGUUAUAUGACUUCUUCAAAAACAGGAAUUUGUUAAUUAUGUCCUAUUCUUAACUCAAAAUAAUGUUUUGAAGAUAACAAUUAAGAAUCUUGGAAAUGGCGAGCUCAAGGUUUCAUAACUAAAUAUUUACAAAAUUAAUCUAUUUUUAAUGGUUACGUAUUUAAUCCUCUGCUAUUAGUCACUGAAUGUAUAAAGGGCUAUUCAAAUAUAAUAAGUAUAUGCUCACCAUAUUGUAAUGAAAAGUGUGCUGUUUGUGAAAGUGUUAAUUAUUAAAAUUUUUCUUGUACUUAAUGCUAAUUAAAUUAUUAUAAAGAACCAAUCAGAUCUCAAGUUGAAGGAAAAUGCAUUUUAUGUCCUUCAUUAUGUUAAGUGUGUUAAAAUAGAACAAAUGAAGAAAUAAAUGUAAAAUAAAUUAAUUUAAUUAGAUAAUAAAUCCAUAUUUUUAAAUAACACCUGAAAAUCUAAUAUACACUUAUAGAUGCAUAUAAAAAAUCCCGCAAACUUACGUUGAAAUUAAUGCAAACUUACAAAUAGCUUAUUAUUGUUUUCAGAAUGAUUGUAGCAAUAAUUUAGAAUAUCUUUAUGAAUUUUUAGAUUGGGGAGAGUUUUUAUGUAAUAGUUUCGAUAAUUUCCAUUUAUUUUUGGACAAAUAAUUUAACUAUUAAUAUUUUAAUGAAAUUGGUCUUUAGCAGAUUACUUUAAUCUUUUAGUUCAAGGAAAAUUGUGUUAUUCCUAGUUCUAAUUAUACUAUUCAGGAUUAUUUUAAGCAAAAAAUUUUUUCUAUGUAAUUAACAAUAUUGAAGUUAUAAGGCACUCUUAAUCCUCUUCUAUUUUAAAAUGAAUAUCGAUUGUAAAUUAUAUAUUUUGAUUCAAUCAUACUUAAUCGACUUAAAUUUUAAAUAAAAUAAAAGCUUGCUUUAAAAUUAGCAAAUAGAGGUUAAUCGAUUGAUUUAAAGAUUCUUGAUACUAAAUUUUAUUCCAUUAUAAAUUAUCCAGCAUCAAUAUCUAUUUAAGCCGAGAGCUUUGCCAAUUUUAAUUUAUUAAAUGUUGAAAUUUUUGACAUAAGCAUAUUAAAUUCGGUAUUUUUUAAUAUAACUUGUACUAAUUAGGGUGAUGAUAUUAUAAUUAGUAAUUUUAAACUUCAGAAUUGUAUAUUUACUAAUUCUACAUUAUUUUUAUUUUAAAGCAUUACAAGAAAAAUUAUAAUCAAAAAUAUUACUAUAAAUUCUAGUCAAUUUUACAAUUCAUCAAUUAUAAAUUUAAUUAAUCAAAAUUUUGAUUCAAAAUUAAUAUUUAAUGAAGUAUUAAUAACAAACUCUCUAUUUAAUAAUUCAAUUUUAAUUAACAGUCUAGAUAAAACCACCAUUUCAAUCAAUUAUGUUUAAAUGAUACAAAAUUAAAUGAUAAAUUCAAAAUUCAUAAUAUUUAAUUAUAACUUUUUUUUUCAUGAAAUUUUAAUGGAGAAAAAUUAUUUAAUUUCCUUUUAAUUAAUAUCAUAGAUCUCACUAACCUUGUUAAGUUAAGAAAUAGAAAUGAAUUACUUAAGGAUUCAAGGAAAUAAUAUAAACAAUUUUUCAAUAUUUAUUACUGAAUAAAAACAAUCAUUUUCAUAAGUGAACUUUUUGUUUUAAAAAUUUUAUUUUGAUUAAAAUAUUAUUUCUUGUUAUUAAAAAUAGUAUUUAAUUGAAGUUAACUGUUUUAAUUUAACGAUGUAAGAUAUAUUUUUAAAAAAUACUACAAACUAUCGAUUUAUAUCAUUAUUAGCAAUUCCUUACAUAAGAAUUGAAAAUGUCAUUUACGAGAAUAAAUUUUAGGAACACAAAGUUGGAAUAUCAUCUGAUUGUUUCCAAAAUUGUAUUUCUCGUUCCUAAUUGCUUUAAGUUUCUGGAUUUAAAAAUAUUACUUUAUUUUAAAUUCAAUUAUUAAAUUCAUUUAGUUUUGAUUAAUCAAUAAUCUCAAUUUAAUCUAUUCCUUUGUUUCUUAUAACUACUAAUGAGUAUAUAAGUAUUAAAGAUAUGAUAGUGAAAGGCAAUAUUUUAAUAAAAAAACAUUAAGGGAUUAUUUUUUCUUUAUUAGAGUUUUAUUCUGAAAAACCUUAAAUUAUUGAAAUAGAAAAUCUAAAUUUUCAUGAAAAUAUUUUUCAUUAAUAUGAAUAAGACCCAUCCGAGACUUUUGCCAGUCUUUUGUAUGCAGAUUCAGGAUUAAGUCUAAUUAAGUUAAAAAAUAUAAUUUGCACUUCAAAUUCUUUAACAAACUCCUCAUCAUCUUAUAUAUAUAUUUUCUCAAAUGAGAUAUUGGUAGAGAAUUUUAAAGUUGAAAAUCAUAAUUACAUUGGUAAAGAAUUUUGGAUUAAAUAUUAUGAAAUUCAAAUUUAAGGAGAUUACAAUUAAAAUGAAAUAUCUUAUAUUAUGUCUAAAACAUUUAAGUUCGAAAAUGUAGGAGGAGUUUUAUCCUCAACAGUUACAAAGUUCAAAUUUAAUAAUGGUAAUUUUAGUUUUUUAUAGACAUUAAGUAGCCAAGUAUUUAAAAUCAAUUUAUAGGGUAAUAGUUUAGUAAAUAUUUCAAACUGUAGUAUUUCUCAUGCAUAUAAUUCCCUAAAAUCAAAAUCUCAAAAUGAUGGUGCAAUUACAAUUAAUGCUAAAAAAAGCUUAUUAAGAUUUUAUGUUAAAAAUAUUACUUUUAAAGAUGUUUUAAAUAAACUUUAAUCAUCUAUAUUUACAAUAUACUCAUCAUCAAAUUAAAAUGAUGUUAAUUUAAUUGAUAUAUUUGCUCUAAAUUGCUUUUCUCUAAUAAAUUAAAUAAUGAAUUUUGAAUCUGACUAUUAAAUUGAAUUAUAGAAUAUGAUAAACAUAAAAAAUUUUAGGAUUAUUUAAACUGAGUAAGCUUUAAUAACUUUCCUUUAAUCUAUUGGAUAACUUAGUCUUAUUGAAAUAUCGAAGAUGAUUGUUAAUAAUGCAAUCAUGAAUUUUGUAGGAUGUUAAAUAACUUUAAAUGAAAUUUAAAUAGAUGCCAUAAUAUUAUCACCUAUUAUAAAAAUUACAGAUUCAAAAUAAAUUAUAUUGAUAGAUUCUCUAUUUAUUAAUAUUUUGACUUUUUAUCCCUUAAAUUUAAUUGAUAUAUAGUAGAGUAAUAUUUAGUAAUCAAUGGUUUAUUUUAAUAAUAAUACUAUAUCAAAUCUCAAUAGUUUCAAAUUUAUUGAUUCUUUUUUGCCUUAUUUUAAUUAUAAUAAUAUUGAUUUAAAUUCGUCUCAAUGCAAUUUUAAGAUUACUUAUAUAUAAUAGAAUCUUAAAGUAGAAUUUGUAUAAAGUUUUUUUGAUGCUCUUUUUAUUAAUUCGAAUAAGAAUGGAUCAUUAAUCAAAAUAAAGUGUGUUACAAAUGAAAUUAAAGUUUACAUCACUUAAAAUUAUAUUUUAAAUAAUAAUUGUUCAUAUUGUUAAAAUGGCUUACUUUAUUUUGAAUUAAGUAAUUUUAAAAAAGCCCUAAUUUCAGAAUUAUAUUGUGUGAAUAACUUUAUCUAAAAUUAUGGUUGUUUAUUUGCCAAAUCAGAUUCAAUGAUUGAUAGUAAAUUAUUAAUUGGAUAUUCAAACUUUAUUCAUAACAAAGGCAGAUAAGGAGUUGGUAUUUCAGUGUAAAAUUUAAAAGUUAAUUUAUCAAAUUCAAAAAUACUUAACAAUAGCGCUUCUUAUAGAGGAGGUGGCUUCUACUUUGAAGAAGGUUCUUCAAGAUUUAACAUUUAAUCUACUAUUAUUUGUCAUAAUUAAGCAUAAGAAGCUGGAGGAAUAUAUUUAGGUGGAAAUAGUAGAUUAAAUUAAAAUAAUUUUAUUUCAUCUAUACUUUUAUUUAAUACUGGUUAAUUAUCUACAAAUAAUAUUAAUGAACUACCUAUGAGGUUAUCUUUAUAAAUAAAUGAAAAGGAAAUGUAUUCAUAAGUAUAAAUCAUUGAAAAUAACACUUAUGAAGUCUUAAAAUUAGAUCCUUUUAAAAUUAUAUAAUAAGAUAGUAUUAUUACAACACAUUUUUUACUUAUUCCUAGUGGUUAAUCAUUAUAUAAUUACUAACUUUAUAAUUCUAAAAUUUUAAAAUAUUAAUCUUAUAUAACUUAAUUCUCAAUUUUAUUUAAAAAUAGUAGAGAUGAACAAUUAAUAAACUUCCUAAAUUCUACUUGCAAUAUUAAUUAAUAAAUUUAUGAUAUUUCAUUUGAACAAGUUAUUGAAUAUCAAAAAAUAUCAACAGUAAGAUUCAAUUAAGAUACAAAAAAUUUUAACCUUAGUUUAAUUGAGUUUAAUUUUGAUCCAUAUAAAUAGAAUAAUAAAACUUAAGAAAUUAUUAUUUAUUGUAGUACAUAAAAUUAGGAAGUUACUUUAGCUUAUAGAAUGAGAAUUAAUAGUUUUUUGUGUUAAUUAGGGGAAUUUUAUAUAUUUUAAGGUUGUCAAAAAUGUAAAUCUGAAUAAGGAUUUUAUUCUGUUACUUACAAUACUACAAAAUGUUCUAUUUUUGAUAAAAAUAAAUUUAAUGCUAUAACUUCUAAUUAAAUUUAAUUAAAACCUGGAUUUUGGAGGCCAAAUUAUAUUUCUGACUUUGUAGAAUUAUGUUAUAAAAAUCCAAUUCAUUGUUUAGGAGGAUGGAAUGUUAGUGAAAAUCUUUGUUUUAAGGGGCACCUUGGAGGAUUGUGUGAAGAAUGUGAUAGAUAUAAUAUAAGAGGGGACGGAUAAUUCUUUAAAAACUAAUAAUAAAUGGAUUGUUAAUAAUGUUAAUUAUUUUCAUAAAGAUUAGUAGCCUUCUUUAUUAUUUCAAUUUGGUAAAUUUAAUCAAUAGUUUAGGGCUAUUCUCUCCACUCUAAUUACUAUUAAUAGUAUUGAAAAAUCAAAUUAAUUAUUUGCAUAAUUGAAAUUGAGAUAAAAACAUACUGAAAUUUUGUUUAAGCUUAAUUAAGGUAAAAAUAUAUUUAUUUUAGAUCAUGAAAGUAUUUUGCUAAAAUUAUAUCUUAAUUAUUUAUGGAUUUUUUCUCUAAUCUUUACAUUUAUUAUAUAAUUCUCUUUCUCUUUGAACUUUUUAAAAUAGUCUAGUGAUACCUCUUAUUUCAUGGCUAAUUUUUUUGAAUGUUUUUUAUUUGAAAUUUAAGAGAUUGAAUUAAUUUACAGUAGAAUUUUAGUUAUGUUUGGAUUAAUGGUAGGGCAAAUAUUAAUUAUCUUUAUGGGAUUUUAUCUGUUUUCUAAAUUUAAAAAAUCAAAGUUUUAUAGCAGAAUCAUAUCAAUUACAGUUUUAUAUUUAUAUAUCUAAAAUUAUGCAUCAUUGAUUAAUUCGUAAAAAUUUUUAUUAUCAUACUAGGUUUUUUUCAAUUCUGGCUGUCAGAAAGAUAUCUAAUUAAGAUUAUAUAUAAGGUGAUGUAUCUUUAAUAUAUGGCACAUAGAAUCAUAUUUAAUGGAUAUAAAUGUUUGUAAUUCCUGGAUCUUCAUUAAUUGGAUUAAUUCUACCAUUAUCAUUAUUUUUUAUUUUGUACAUUAAUCGAGAAUAGCAUGACACAAUAAAAUUUCGAAGACAUAUAGGAUAUUUAUUUAAUGAAUAUUAAAAAAAAAAUUAUUUUUGGGAAAUAAUCAAAUUAUGGAAGAAAUCCAUAAUAAUUACAAUUCUUAUCAAUUUUGAAACUGAUAUAUUUUUCAAAGCUUCCUUAUUAGGGCUUUGUCUAUUAAUAUAUCAAUUAUUGGCUCAUAACUAUAACCCAUAUAUACUAAAAAAAUUUAAUAAUUUAGAUGUCAAAAGUGGUCAGUUGUGUUAAAUUGCUAUAUUUUUAGGAACUAUAAAUUAUAUCAGUGAAUAAUUAGGGUAAUAUGCUAUUUAAAUAAUCAUUUAAAUUUUUAUCAUUUUAAACAUCAUAACAUUAAGUUAUCCAUUUAUUAUUAAUAUUUUGAGAGUUUAUUAUUAAAAAUACAAAUUAAGAAUUUUAUCUUUUCUAGUAUUAAUAUUUAGGACUUUAAAACCUUCCUCUAAAAUUUCAUUUUAUCUGAACCAAAAAUUCAUAAACUUAAGAUAGAAAGAGGAAAAAGUUAGAAUAAAUAUCUAAAAAUUGUAAUAAUUGUUGCAUUAGAACGAUUUUGGAAGACGAUUGUAAUUUUUUAAUUAUUUAAGUUGA